AUGGUCCCCGCCGCCGGCGCGCUGCUCUGGGCCCUGCUGCUGAGUCUGGGGUCCCGGGCGGCGGGGGCCAAAGACCAGACCCAGACUCGGGCAGGGAUACAGCCAGUCAGCUUCCGCUUUGGGGGUCCUAUGACCCGCAGCUACCGGAGUAGCGCCCGCACCAGUCUUCCCCGGAAGACGAGGAUAACUCUGGAGGAUGAGAAUGACGCCUUGGCCAACGCCGACCGCCUGGCAGGUCCGGCGGCUGCCGAGCUCUUGGCCUCCACAGUGUCCACAGGCGUCGGCCGGUCGCCCGAGUACAGUGAGGAGGAUGGGUCUUUAGAAGAGGGGGUUGUAAUUAAUGCCAGAAAGAACACGGACAAGUCCUAUACGACUCCCAAUUCAGCGAGGGGUUCCAGUACGAGAUUUAUAGCCAAUAGCCAGGAGGCCGAAAUCAGGCUGACUUCAAACGUGCCGCGCUCCAGCUGGAAGUCUACUGGGGACCUGCUGAGCUCCGAGGCCACCCUGAGCCGGUGGUCGACAGCUGGGUCCACCCCUGCGAGGCGGUGGCCGUCACCCUCACCCACAGCCAUGCCACCUCCCGAGGAUCUGAGGCUGAUGCUGUUGCCUUGGGGCCCGUGGCACUGCCACUGCAGGUCAGGCACCAUGAGCCGGACCCGGGCUGGGAAGCUGCGGGGCCUCUCCGGGCGCCUUAGAGUUGGGGCGCUGAGCCAACUCCGUACGGAGCACCGGCCUUGCACCUACCAGCAAUGUCCUUGCAACCGGCUUCGGGAGGAAUGCCCGCUGGACACAGGUCUCUGUCAUGACACCAACUGCGCAUCUCAAACCACCACCAGUACCAGCACCACCACUUCUACCCCCUUCCCCAGCAUCCACCUCAGACGCAGACCCAGCCUGCCGCCCCUUGGCCCCAGACCCAGCCCAGCUCUUGCUUUUUGGAAAAGGGUCAGGAUCGGCCUGGAGGAUAUUUGGAAUAGCCUCUCUUCAGUGUUCACAGAGAUGCAACCAAUAGACAGAAACCAGAGGUAAUGGCCACUUCAUCCACAAGAGGAGGUGUCAGCAU